GCUGCCUAUGGAGGGAGUGCUGCCUCUGGGUUUCACCAGCAGCUACGAUUGGCGAUCAAGCGUGCCGUUGGUCAUGGCCGACUCCUUAAAGAUGGACCUCUCUACCGCCUCAACACUAAGGCAACCAGUGCUGAAGGGAAGGAGAGCUGUGAGUCGCUCUCGUGUUUACCUCCUGUGUCACUGCUUCCACACGAAAAGGACAAGCCGGUUGCUGAACCAAUCCCCAUCUGUAGUUUCUGUCUUGGUACAAAAGAACAAAACCGGGAAAAGAAGCCUGAGGAACUCAUCUCCUGUGCAGACUGCGGCAAUAGUGGUCAUCCAUCCUGUUUAAAGUUUUCCCCAGAACUGACCGUGCGAGUCCGGGCCUUACGGUGGCAGUGCAUUGAGUGUAAGACAUGCAGCUGCUGUCGCGACCAAGGCAAAAAUGCAGAUAACAUGCUCUUUUGUGACUCAUGUGACCGAGGUUUUCACAUGGAGUGUUGUGACCCACCACUCACACGGAUGCCAAAAGGCAUGUGGAUAUGUCAGAUAUGCCGACCUAGGAAAAAAGGACGGAAACUUCUACAGAAGAAGGCGGCACAGAUAAAACGGCGCUAUGCUAAUCCAAUAGGACGUCCAAAAACCAGGUUAAAGAAACAAAACACGGUAUCAAAAGGUCCCUUUAGCAAAGUUCGAAAUGGUCCUGGAAGGGGUCGAAAACGUAAAAUCACUGUCUCCAGCCAGUCUGCGUCAUCAUCAGAAGAAGGCUAUUUAGAGCGGAUAGAUGGCUUGGACUUCUGCAGAGAUAGCAAUGCCCCCUUGAAGUUCAACAAGAAAACCAAAGGGCUCAUUGAUGGCCUUACCAAAUUCUUCACCCCUUCUCCUGACGGGCGGAAAGCCCGAGGGGAAGUGGUAGACUACUCUGAGCAAUACAGAAUCAGGAAAAAGGGCAACAGAAAAUCAAGUACUUCAGAUUGGCCCGCAGACAAUCAGGAUGGCUGGGAAAGCAAACAAGAAAAUGAGGAGCGGCUUUUGGGGAGCCAAGAAAUCAUGACGGAAAGAGAUAUGGAAUUGUUUCGUGAUAUCCAAGAACAGGCACUGCAGAAAGUCGGAGUAACUGGGCCCCCUGAUCCACAAGUCCGCUGUCCCUCUGUCAUUGAGUUUGGGAAGUACGAAAUCCACACCUGGUACUCUUCUCCAUAUCCUCAAGAAUACUCAAGGCUGCCUAAAUUGUAUCUUUGUGAGUUCUGUCUAAAAUAUAUGAAAAGUAGAACUAUUCUACAGCAGCACAUGAAGAAAUGUGGUUGGUUCCAUCCUCCUGCCAAUGAGAUUUACCGAAAGAAUAAUAUUUCUGUCUUUGAGGUUGAUGGGAAUGUGAGUACCAUUUAUUGUCAAAAUCUGUGUCUCUUGGCAAAGUUGUUUCUUGACCACAAAACACUCUAUUAUGACGUGGAGCCAUUUCUUUUCUAUGUCCUAACACAGAAUGAUGUCAAGGGCUGCCACCUUGUUGGUUACUUUUCUAAAGAAAAGCACUGCCAACAGAAAUACAAUGUCUCCUGUAUAAUGAUUCUUCCCCAGUACCAACGGAAGGGCUAUGGCAGGUUUCUCAUCGAUUUCAGUUAUUUGUUAUCCAAGCGUGAAGGCCAGGCAGGCUCUCCUGAGAAACCGCUAUCAGACCUAGGCCGUCUCUCCUACAUGGCUUAUUGGAAAAGUGUCAUCUUGGAGUGCCUUUACCACCAAGAGGCUGAUGACGGAGAGAAAGAAGAGCCCCAAGGCCAAGAGAGAGAGUUAGAGACCAGGGUGGGAAAGUCUGUGUCUCGGGAGAAGAAGGAUCAGGAUUCUUCCUCUUUAAUAGAAAGUGAAAAGAAACCAGAGGUUAAGGAACUAGCCAGUUCUUCACGGUUGAGCAAACAGGCCCUCCCGCGGGACAGUCUUCCUGCAAAUAGCCAGCCAUCUCGGAGGGGCCGCUGUGGGAGGAAGAACAGAAAGACUCAAGACCGUUUUGGUGAUAAAGAUUCUAAGAUGCUUGUGGAUGAGACAUUAUCCACUUCUCAGGAGCAAUAUGGAGAAUGCGAGGAAAAAUCAGAGACCUCCCAAGAACGGUCCACUGAGAUGGAAGAACAGUUGGCAGCCCCGCAAGUGCACGCAGACGGGAGACCAGAUAUCCCCAAGGGGAGGUUCAGUGAGAACGCUGAGUUGUGGCGAGGACAGCUGAAGAAAAGCCCUGAGACCCUGAAGUGCCGACUGCCAGAAGGAGGAAGUGACCGGCUUCCGUGCUGCUACACUGAUGGUGACAGGGCUGUCUUUAGGGGUUUCAGCGAGAGUAGUGAGGAGGAGGAAGAGCCAGAAAGUCCUCGGUCAAACUCGCCACCAAUUCUCACAAAGCCCACACUGAAAAGAAAGAAACCAAUUCUUCACCGAAGAAGAAGAGUCCGCAAACGGAAACACCACAAUAGCAGUGUAGUCACAGAGACUAUCUCUGAGACCACUGAGGUGUUAGAUGAGCCUUUUGAAGACUCUGACUCUGAGAGACCAAUGCCGAGAUUGGAGCCUACAUUCGAGAUUGAAGAAGAGGAAGAGGAGGAGGAUGAAAAUGAGCUCUUCCCCAGAGGGUACUUCCAUUGCCUGUCCUCACAGGACAUCCUUAGGUGUCAGUCCUCUAAGAGGCCGUCUAAAGAGGAGGAGGAGGAGGAGGAGGAUGAGGAGGAGGAGGAGGAGGAAGAGUCGGACGAUGUAGAUGACACUCCUGUCCUAAAGCCAGUAUCUCUCUUGCGAAAAUGUGAUGUGAACAGUGCUUCACUUGAGCCAGAUACCUCUACACCUAUGAAGAAGAAAAAGGGGUGGCCCAAAGGCAAGAGCCGAAAACCUAUCCACUGGAAGAAAAGGCCUGGGCGGAAACCAGGACUUAAAUUGAACCAGGAAAUCAUAGCUGCUUCCGUGCAGGAAUGCGUAGUAGAGCCCAUAGUCCCCAUUAAACCAGGACGUAAACCCAGAACUCAAGAGAAUGAAGAAAUUGUUGAGGUAAAGGAGGACUUGUUGGAAGAAAGGAAGGAGGAGAUGCAUACAGAACCAGAUGAGGAGGCAGAAGAAGAAGAAGAUACAACCAGCAGUGACAUUAGAGCCAUGUCCCCAUUGGAUAGCAGCAACAGCCCCGAUGCAGAACCAAAAGAACCCGAGGCAGAGGAGGAAGAGGAGAAGCCUUUGGACGAUCAGAGGCAAUCGGAGGAAGAGCCUCAAGAGCUGGAAGAACAGGAGCAAGAGGAAGAAGAUGAAGUGACUACAGAGGUAAACCAGAAUGAAGACCAUGAUGCUGAUGAUGAGGAUGAUGGCCACCUGGAUUCGCUAAAGACAAAAGAGCCAGAGGAGCAGCCAGCUAGAGAAGAUGGCAAGGAGGAGUCUGGCAUUCAGGAAUCUUUUUUAGAUGCCAACAUGCAGGACAGUAGGGAGAAUAUAAAGGAGAAGGAUGAAGCUGAAGCGGAUUCUGAAGAGGAACAGCCUUCCCAUGAGGCAUCUGUGGUAUCAGAGACCAUGCCAGGCUCUGAGGAGGACCAUGAAGAAGACUCAAACACUAAGGAAGAGUUAAUUGAGCUAAAGAAGGAGGAAGAGAUUCCACACAGUGAGCUGGACCUGGAGACUGUUCAGGCAGUGCAGUCCUUGACUCAAGAAGAAAGCAGUGAGCAUGAAGGAGCCUACCAGGACUGUGAGGAAACUCUUGCGGCCUGCCAGACUCUGCAGAGUUACACCCACACGGAUGAGGACCCCCAGAUGUCAAUGGUUGAAGACUGUCAUGCUUCAGAGCAUAAUAGCCCGAUCUCCUCCAUUCCAUCUCACCCUAGCCAGUCAGUCCGCUCCGUCAACAGCCCCAGCAUGCCUGCCCUGGAGAGUGGCUACACGCAGAUCAGCCCAGAGCAAGGAUCCCUGUCCGCGCCCUCUAUGCAGAACAUGGAGACCAGCCCCAUGAUGGAUGUGCCUUCCGUAUCAGACCACUCUCAGCAGGUGGUAGACAGUGGCUUCAGUGACCUGGGCAGCAUCGAGAGUACCACAGAGAACUAUGAGAACCCAAGCAGCUAUGACUCUACCAUGGGCAGCAGCAUUUGUGGGAAUAAUUCCUCUCAGAGCAGCUGCUCCUAUGUCUACGAGAGGAUUCCAGGGGAUUUUGGUGCUGGCAGUUACUCACAACCAUCAGCCACCUUCAGUCUAGCCAAGUUGCAGCAGCUGACUAACACCAUUAUGGACCCUCAUGCCAUGCCUUACAGUCAUUCUCCGGCUGUGACUUCCUAUGCAACCAGUGUUUCUCUGUCUAAUACGGGACUGGCUCAGCUAGCUCCAUCUCAUCCCUUAGCCGGGACCCCUCAAGCACAAGCCACCAUGACUCCACCCCCAAAUCUGGCAUCUACUACUAUGAACCUCACGUCACCUCUGCUACAGUGCAACAUGUCUUUUGGGAAAGUUUUCUUCAAUGAUCUUGUUGAAGAUCUGACCUAUGCCAUUAACUUGGGAUUCUUCUCCCUUAUCUAUGCCUAUAAUUUGAAGGAGCUUUAUGAUUGUUUCUUAAAUGUCCAUGUCCUGGGUUUCAUGUAG